AACUUUCAUAUGAACUUAUCAACAAAAUUUGAGCAUAUGGCCAACUAGAAUAUAAGAGAAUGCAUCACAUGCCAUUUAAAGGAGUUGCUUCUCCAAAUUGAAGUCUAACACAUGAUGUAUACAUCUAAGAAAUAUAUAUGUGGACUCUAAGACAUUAAACUUUCACAAACCUUCCUCUACCACGCAUGUUCUUCCUCCACUAUUGUCAUCUUUCUAUUUACAUCUCCACCAUAUUAUAUGCAUUACAAUCAUACCCCUAAUAACUCCUAUAUAUAAAAAUUGACACAUUCCUAGUAUAUUAUUAUUAUUAUAUUUUAAAUACAAUAUCAAUAAUUUAAUUUAAUAUAAUUAUGGAGAAAGAAACAUAUGAAAAUUAUGAUGUUGAAACACUAGAAUAUCAACUAUCAUUAUGUAAUAAUAGGGAAAUUAGUAAAGUUGUUCCUGAAAUUAUAGAGAUUGAAGAAGAAAAUGAUGAAUGUAAAGGAGAAAAAAGAGAUGAAGGAAGCAAAGAAAUUUAUGUUGCAAUUGGUAAAGAUGAUUUGGAAGUUCUAAAAUGGGUUAUUGCUCAUGUUGUUGUGCCUGGUGGUCGUGUUAAUCUUAUUCAUGUCUUUCCUCCCAUUUCUUCCAUUUCUACUCCUGUUGGAAGAUUAUGGGUUGGUCAAUUAAGUCCUGAACAAGCAAAGGUUUAUGCAAUCGAAGAGCACAAUAGGAGAAGGAACCUAUUGCACAAAUACAUUCGACUAUGCGUUGAAAAUAAGGUUAAUGUGGAUACUAUACUUAUUGAAUCAAAUGAAACAACAAAAUCAAUCAUGGAUCUUAUUCCAGUUCUCAACAUAACUUCACUUGUUAUGGGCACCAAGCAUCCAUCCUCCUCAAGGAAGUUGAUAAAGGGAUCAAAUAAAGGAACAAUGGUUCAGAAAAAUGCACCAGAAUAUUGCAAAGUUAUUCUUGUCUAUACAGGAAAGAAGUCAUUGAAUAAUGAAGGAAACAUAUAUCACACAUCAUCUUCCUUCUCAAAUGUAAAACAAAACAAAGUUCCUACUAGACCAACUUAUGAAGGGAACUACAAGCAAUGUACUUGUUUUCCUGUUAAAUUUUAUUGAGUGUAUGAUUAGGUAUUAUCUUGUGUUGUUUUUAUCAGAGAUAUAUACUUCGUCCGUUCUGAAAUACUUGAUACAUUAUAUUUAUUGACACUAUUUAUUGUUCGAGCUUGUUUUAUAUAUUGCGGCUAAUGUGUAAUUACAAAUAUAGUUAUAUAGAAUCUUGUUUGAA